AUGCAACCUGCACUGGUCUUGUUUGCUAGUUUUAUCUUUGCUCUGUCGUGGAGCAACGGAUGGACACUUUCGUUGGACAAACAAACGCAUCGCGAUGGAGAUUUGAAACUUGUUGAUGGACCGGCCCCGACUAUGGGUACUGUGCUCGUGUUUCGUGGAUACGGUUGGGGUCGUAUUUGUGAUGAUCACUGGACAAUGCGCGAGGCACAGGUCGUUUGUCGGCAGUUGGGAAUGGGACAUGCUUUGGAGGCUCACCGAAGAAAUCGAUACGCGUCAAACAUUGGUGGAAGUUAUCUGAUGGACGAGGUUCAUUGUACCGGUCGAGAAGAACGUCUCAUUGAUUGUCGUUUUUCCGGUUGGGGCGUGCACGAUUGUAAACAUAACGAAGAGGUCGGUGUGAAAUGCUCGUACGAGGCCCCGGUCAAACUGAGACCCGCUUGGAAUCCCUUGAGCCUGGAACUGAGCCAAGCUGACUUGGAAAAAUUGUCAAAGGUCGGAGUAAACCUGGUCCGUCCAAGAAAUCUGCCCCAACGGACCGAUGCGAUCGCAAGUUUCUAUCCAGUUCUGGUAGAGCUAGACGACGGAACAAAGGGUAGUGUCUGUCCGGAUCAUUUCAGGGGUGCAGAGGCAAUUGUUUACUGCAAACAAAUUGGAGCCGGAAAUGGGGGUAGAGUGAUCCCGAUGCCUCAACAUCACACGGGUGUGAGUCGUAAUACAUCGGUGGCUAUCAUCGGUUUUUGUUACGGAAACGAAACCAAUGUGUCCCAGUGCAAGACCUAUGCCAGUCCGGAAGGUGUACCAUGCAAAUCGAAUCUGGCUGCAGCCGUGGAAUGUGUUAAAGAUUUACCCGAUUUGGUCCCGGAUCGGUACAGUCUGGAAAGCUCCUCCUAUCUACAAAGAAUGAGUUUAUGGCUUCUGGAGUGUGCAUUAGAAGAGAACUGUUUGCCAGAUACCGUGUAUCAAAUCAUCGAUCGCAACCCCGGUAAUUAUGCAUGGAUGACUCGAACUUUGUUACGAUUCUCCUCCAUUAUCGAGAACGUCGGUACCGCGGCAUUCAAACCCCUAGAAGAACCGGAAAAUUGGGAGUGGCACGCUUGCCACAUGCAUUACCAUAGUAUGAAAGUGUUUUCGCGCUACGAAGUCGUCGAUACCGAUUUGAGACUUGUAUCUGUAGGACUAAAAGCCAGUUUCUGUUUGGAGGACAACGUUUGUCAGGCUGGUGUCACCCCGGUUUUCCGAUGUAGCAAUGUGAUCGACAGCAAAGGUACACAAGGUAUAACACCAGGUUGUCGGGACAUGUACUUACACGAUUACGAUUGUCAGUGGGUCGAUAUCACAGAUGUGGCUCCGGGAAAGUACACGUUCCAGGUCUCCUUCAAUCCGGAUUUCUUGGUUCCCGAAUCAAAUUACUUCAACAACGCAUUGACUUGCGAGCUCACCCACAUGGGGCACCAUGCGGUUCUGAGAAGUUGCCGCUACGCGCAUCCAAAUGAUCUAAUCUGA